GUGCGUAUUGCUUUGCCAACCCAGAUGCGGUGCAUAAAACCGCCGUAACUAUAGCGAGGCGUAAACUGCGAGUCCCAUUAACUUCAUUACAAAACUGUUUUAGUUUUAAUUGGCACUAAUUUGCCUGAUGGGAGACAGCCUACAUAAAGGAGAAGAAACGCUUCGAGUCAUUCGUGGGCAGACGGCAAAAAUGACAAGUAAGUGGAAUGCCGCGCUCCAUCCAAGCGGAGCCUUGGAUGGAGCUUUUACGCACGGACUUUUACGCACCAUGGAAGCUCCGGACUCGUCCAAAAAGGGCCUUCCCGAGUUUAUUCUCAUCGCGUCGGUGAUGUUGCUCGUCCCGGUCCGGCCGGCAUCAGGUCACCCUCAGUGCCUGGACUUCGAGCCACCUUUCAAGCCUCAGUGGCACCUGGAGUUUUGCACGCAGUACGAGGAUUUUGGCUGCUGCGACCAGAAAACUGACAACAGCAUCGCGGAGAGAUACUGGGACAUCAUUGACCAGCUGGAGGUGGGGGGUCAAGAGCUCUGUGCGGACAUGCUGAAGGAAAUUAUGUGUCAGGACUGCUCUCCAUACGCUGCCCACCUCUUCGACGCUGAGGAUCCCUACACACCUGUCCGAGAGCUACCUGGCCUCUGCUUUGGCUACUGCUCAGAGUUUCACAGCAAAUGUGGCCAUGUGGUUAAAUUUUUAACAGCCAACCGGCUGCUGCGGGAGACCUCAGAGCGGGACAUGACCACAUUCUGCAGCAUGAUGGACCUGUCCGACCAGGACUACUGCUACCCCAACGUCCUGAAGAGCCCCGGCCUCAACAGCAACCUGGGCCAGGUGGUGGAGGACCCCAGAGGGUGUCUCCAGCUGUGCCUGACUGAGGUGGCCAACGGUCUGAGAAACCCGGUGCUGAUGUUGCACAGCAGGGACGAAACACACCGCAUGUUCAUUGCCGAACAGGUGGGCUUCAUUUGGGUUUACCUUCCCGAUGGCAGCCGGCUGGAGCAGCCUUUCCUGGACAUGAGCGGAGAGGUGCUGACCACUCCCUGGCUGGGGGACGAGAGGGGUUUCCUGGGCAUGGCCUUCCACCCAAACUACCGGGACAACGGACGCUUCUUCAUCUACUACUCCAUCCAGUUCAACAGCAAGGUGGAGAAAAUCAGAAUCAGUGAGAUGAAGGUUUCUGCCUCCGACAUGAACAUGGCUGAUCCUUACUCAGAGAGGGUCAUUUUGGAGAUCGAAGAACCGGCAGCAAACCACAACGGAGGCCAGCUGCUGUUCGGUCUCGAUGAUUAUUUGUACAUCUUCACUGGAGACGGUGGAAAAGCAGGAGAUCCAUUUGGGAAGUACGGAAACUCACAAAACAAGAGUGCUCUGUUGGGAAAAGUACUGCGCAUCGAUGUGGAUGGAAGUGACCCCGGUGGGCUGCAGUACAGGAUCCCCCCUGAUAAUCCAUUCAUCGAGGACCCAGACGCUCGUCCAGAGGUGUUUGCAUAUGGCGUCCGGAACAUGUGGCGAUGCUCGGUGGACCGCGGAGACCCGGUGAGCCGUUACGGCAGGGGUCGGAUAUUCUGCGGAGAUGUUGGUCAAAACCGCUACGAGGAGAUUGACAUCAUUGAGAAGGGAGGAAACUACGGAUGGAGGGCCAAAGAGGGCUUUGAGUGCUAUGAUCUAAAACUGUGCCAGAACUCAUCCCUCAAUGACAUCCUCCCUAUAUUUGCAUACAGCCAUCAUGUUGGCAAGUCUGUGACGGGGGGAUAUGUGUACCGAGGAUGUGAAUCACCCAAUCUGAACGGCCUGUACAUCUUUGGAGACUUCAUGAGUGGUCGAAUCAUGGCACUAGAAGAAGACAGGAUGACAGGAGUCUGGCAAGAGAGGAGUGUGUGCAUGGGCGAUAAGAAGACUUGCUCUUUUCCUGGACUCAUCAACCACUACCACAAGUUCAUCAUCUCCUUCGCUGAAGAUGAAGCAGGAGAACUGUAUUUUCUGGCCACGACAUACCCGAGUUCCUCGUCUCCUUCUGGAACAGUGUUUAAAUUUAUGGACCCCUCGAGGAGAGCUCCUCCAGGGAAAUGUAAGCAGAAACCGCUCCCCGUCAAAGUGAAGGGCAAGAGGUUUCCAUUUGCUCCCAGGGAACUGACCGUGCUGGAUACAAAAGAGAAACCUACGAGACCACCGCCGAGAAAAUUCAAGUUCACCACCAAACCCCCGGUGACAAGCAACCAGGUCAAACCCACCACCACCACCACCACCACCACCACCACCACGACUGAGGCCAAAAUGACACCGACGAGCAGCGCCGUAAAGCUGAAAUUAGCCGAUAAGGAGGCGAGUCGGAAAAACAAGCUGAAACCAGAGAAGAAAAACAGAAUGCUGAACAAGCAGGAGGCUAAGAAACAAAUGAAGACCAAGAGAGUGAAGCCGAAACCCAACAAACAGCCAAAGAAGACGGCGGCGAAAAAGCCCGUUGUGGUCAAAGAUAAAAUAAAGCCGAAGAGAAAUCAAACCAACACGGAGAAUCUGGACGAUCAGAGAGCCUCCAACAGCCUGAAGGACAACAAGAUCCACACAAAGAGGAAGAGUCCCCCGAAGAAGGCGGCACCGAAGCAACCUGGACUAAAGAUUAAUAAAAAAGCAAAAGAACACGUUGGCCUCGUGAACAAAGCUAUGAUAAACUUGAAUGUAAAAAGCAACAGAACAACGAGACCCCAACUUCAGGUAAAACGCAAGUGAGCAAGAGACAUCAAAGCACUUUAAAGACUGUGUUUUAUUAUGACUGAGACAUUGUUUAGUUUUGUUUGUGAGACUAUCAGUGUUAUAUCUUAAAGGGAUAGUUUGAUAUUUGGAAAUUUGCUUCCCAGCCAAGAGGUAGAUCAGGUGAUUGCCACGUUAAUCAUGUCUGUACAGUAAAUACGACGUUAUGAAAAAGGUCUUAUGGACAAGGUUCACCCUCAGCAGCCAUCUGAGGCAGUUAUUUCAGGAUAAUAUGAGCAAUUCUCUAUCUAAAUGAAUGGACAAAGAGCCAUAGCUGCAGUUUUAGUGGUCACUGGGACAGAAAAAAAUGCAUGGAGAGUCAAAAAGUGUUUAAAAAGUUUAAUAACUUUGCCCCAAAAUAAAGUUCAAAAGCAGUUUAGUCUUCUACGAAAAGUUGCAAAACUUAAUGCAAAAACACAAAUCGCUGGAUGUUUCCCAGUUUUGCUGUUACAAUGUCAAAAUUCUCCUUUAGAUUUCCAAAAUUCAAGAUUCUUGAAGGAGCAAGUGUCUCCCUUACAAUAUCUCGGGUCGUCUGACUCAUCGGAUGUAGACUUAGGGUGUAAGUCAGAUAUUUCUUCCUCUUCCACUAACUGCAUUUAAUCAUAUUUAAAAUUCCCUUCACUAUAGGAAACAACAGCAACCUACAAGCUGAAAAUGUUAAGUUUUGCAGACGAUUUAAGUCUCACCAUAAGGCAGCCCCGGUUAUUCUUUUGGAAUUAGCCAUAUUACUGUCAGCACCAUCCUGACUACAUGCAACUGUUUCACCUAAACAAUUCCCAUGUCACUAUUUUGCAGGGACACCAUUGUUGCAUCCUGGGCUAAACACCGAUUUAUGUUAUAUGGCUCAAAGAAACACAAACAAGCCUUCUUAUUGCAGAAAGAUAAUGAGGUGCAACCUUCUCCAGCACUGUGGAGAUAGAUCUGGCUAGGUCUCUGACUACAGCCAGAAGCUGUUUAGCUUAGCUUAGCAUAGCACAAACAGUGAUGACAAAGGGAAACAAGUGGUCUGGGCUUGUCCAAAAAUGACAGAAUCUACCCUUUAUUAACAAAUCUUUCAUCUUGAUUGUGUAUUCUGAGCAAAAACCGAUCAACACAUUGACUGCUAUAAAGAUGGAUGAACUCUCUGUGACAUCCAGAGGUUUCCUGAAUAGCGUUUUUGAAGCUCAGCUCAAACUGACAACAGACUAAUCCAACAAUGAGCAAAGAGUAUGAGUGGAGCUGAGGUCAUGCAAACAUCUUUAGGCCAUGGACUGUCCUGUGAUGGUACCAAACUAUCACUCAAAGUAGCCUUAUUUAUGCCUGACUUUAGGCCUUAAUACAUUUAAACUAGAAUGAUACAUUAGAAAAUCACACCCUUGCAGUAGUCAUGAAUGGGGACAUUGGGUAAAGGGACCAAAACCAUUUUUCGCAUCAGGCUCUUAACAUGUUUAUUUCUGCGGUAAAGUUGGACAUUUUAACAUAGGGGUCUAUUGGGAUGGAUUUGGAGCCUAAAGAAGACAUUCAAGAAACUACAGCUUUUGCCACUUUUGUGUUAGAUUCAUUUUUCAGCAUUGGAAGCUGAUGCUUGAGCUGAACAAGGUUAGCAGUGUCGCUCAACUCUCAGUUCCUAUGCUAAGCUAACUGUCCCCACAAUGUAACUUUGAUUUUACUGUACAGACAUGAGACAUAUUGAUCUUCUCGCCUAUCUUUAAAGCAAAAAAAGUCCAAAAAAAAUGUUAAACUAUCGCUUUAGACACAAAGCACACAACUGUUGCAUGCAAUUAUGCAUGUAAUGACACUGUUUCCUUUGCAUUUUAUUUUUGACUGUUGUAAAACCAUUGGUCCAAGUUAAUCACUGGUCUGGCUGUAUUUAGAACAUAUCAAGCAGGUUUGAAGUCUAAAUAAGCUCCAUACAUGAAGAAAAAAAACUCAUGCUCAUGUCAAGGCCCACUGUGGGUAAAUUGCGCUAAUUUUACAGAACAUACAAAUGUUAAAAAUAAACAUUAGAAAGUGUCUGUGUGUCUCCGAAGCUCUCUGUAAUUAAACUCCACACCACCACUGAUCAUAACUGAAACCACCGAGGCUGGCUCUCACAUAACGACUGCUGUAAAUGUAAAGCUGCCGUGACUCCCACAUGCACUUGUUCUCACUGAGGUCGCAUAAAUCUCACAUUCCAGCAUUUUUCUCAGCUGCCAAUCUUCAUGUCUAACUUAUGAAUUUCAUAAUUCUUGGAAAGCGGCUGAAAUUACAUGUUUCAACUCUGGUGUUUUGACAUGGGUGACAGAACAGGUUAUUCAAGGUUGCAGUCAACUACUACCACGACUGCUUUCUCAAUACACAAAAUGAUAUAACAUGACAACAAACACAACACCUUGUACAAUGAAAUUACAUAAUCUGACAAUAGUGACAAAUUAAAAAGCCACACAGGUGCUACUGUUGUGAUAUUUGAAGCGGUUGUGGAUUUCAGUCACCAAAAGCUGGUUGUUUUUGAUUAAAAUUCAUAUAUUUGAACUGUGAAUCAGUAACUUUAAGACACAUUCAGGGCUGAUGAAGCUAAUUCUGUUUGAAAGCUGCUGGUUUUUCCUCCAAACUUGCAUUCUGGUUGGAUUAUCUACAUUCAGAUCUACCGUAGAAGGCAUACAAAUUCCAUUACUGUGGGUAAAACAGCCAGUUACUUCCAUUAAAUCUAAAUAAGGAUCCGUUUAGCUUGUUUAUCAGUAAAUAAAUUGGGAUAUGAUGCAAAGUCUCCACUUUGAUAAGCUCCAGAUGUGGCAACAUCUUCGCUAUUUACA